AUGCGCGCAUGCGCCGCCAUCCUCAUAUUCUCGGCGUGGCCAUGUUUUAUUCAAACGUUAAAUACGCGUACAAAUCGCGAAACCAGUUCAAAUUUCGCGGAUACAAGUGAUAAUGUAAUUCACCAAAUUUCUACGUGUGUCAAUAAAUUGGGGCUCACGAAAUGCAUCGGGGCUUACGGUAACUGGCGAGCAGAAGGAGCUCUCGAUAAUGAAGUUCGACCGCUCAAAGAUUAUCGGGAAACGUUCCCAUGGCAGCUAUAUAGAAAUAUUUCCAAUGAAGAACUUCAAGCAAAACUAUGUGACAGUACAAUAAAGCUCCUCGAACAAAGAAGCCUUAAGCUUAGUUUGUCUCAAAGCUAUGCUCUAGCACUUGGAGGCAAAGGCAAUGGAUCUCUCAGCGUCGAUAUCCUCAAAUGCGACGAUGAAUUCGUUGGACGGGGCAGUAUGAAGAAACUUCGAAAACAUUUUUAUAAUAUGAUGCCAUUUUUAUUAAUACCUGGUCUCAUAAUGUCCGCCGUCUUGCCUUUCUUCUUGCCUUCAUUGAAAAUGAUGACUUUAGUAGCGGGUAUGCUAAACAAUAUGGCUCUCACGGGAGCAGUGUUCACACUUCUCAGGAACAAUGCGUUCAAUGAUAAAUAUGAAAAGAAAAUAAUUUAUAUAAAUGACGGUUAUUAUAAUGAUAAAUACGAACCUCUUGCCGACACACCGUCUCAAGUUAUAGUCGAUGGAAAUUUUGAUAAUAAAUACAACGGUUUCGAUAAUCACGACCUUAAACAGUUUAAUUUCAUCGAAAAACAACCCAUCGAUAACGACUAUCAAUUAAAUUCAGAGUGGCUGAAGGGGCUUACUGGAGGAAAAGUGAGAAAUGUUAAAAUUAUACCGGAAAAAUUUAACACAAACAACGACUGGAGGAAGCAGGAUGAUAUCGACAAAACCGUCGAAGUACCCGAAGAAAAUAAAAUUAAUUGAGCAUUUGUGAAAUUCUUUGUGUUCUUUAGUAUAAAUUGCUACUGCUUUAUUAUAUUCAAGUGCGGUAGUAGAUCUGUCUAUGUGUUACGUUUUUACGACUUAACUUAUUAAUAUAAAAUUCGCCAUGGGUAUUCUUAAAUCCACUCUACGAGGGAAAAAUAUGAAAAAGAAAUUCUUGGCGAUCAAAUCGCGGAAAAAAACUGGUUUAUAUACAAGGUGA